UGUGUUUGCUUUGGUUUCAGGGACAAGAUGAACAUCAUGCGCAAGUGGUGGGGGUCUGGGACACGUGUGGGAGGAGUCAUGGAGGGUAUGGAUGCUGUUAACUCCCAGGCAGCCCAGCAGCAUCUUGCUCUUGGUCUGAUGCACCUCAAGAAAUUGUUCAGUGAAUACUCAUACCCUCCUCAUCCACUCUCAGAACCUGAAAAAGAAGAUAAGCUUUACAACAUGCUUCCAUUGUUCUGCAAGGUAUUUGGUUCUAGUCCAACCUCUGAUCUACAGGAGAAAUUUGGAGAUGUUUUGCUUUUUACUCAACAUGUGAGCAAGUUGAUGGUAACCGAGAUUAGGCGACGAGCAUCAAACCAGUCAACAGAAGCUGCUUCCUGUGCUAUAGUGAGGUUCUUGGAGAUAGACAGCUGUGAAGAGAGUAGUAAUGGCUGGAUGCUGCUGUCUACACUCAACCUUCUGGCUGCUGGGCCGCCACAGCUCAUUGAGGUCAUGACUGCAUCUUCACUACCAUCAACACUAGUCAAGUGUUUAUACCUCUUUUUUGAUCUACCUGAGUAUGAGAGUCCCUCAACUGAUGUACCCACCACCCUGCAAACUGAUAAUGAUACUACAGAGUUCUCAGCAAGUGAAAGAAGAAUUCUCCUUCAGAAGGUGUUUGUUCAGGUAUAUAUAUUUAGUAUUUUUUUUUUUUUUUUUUUUUUACUCUUGCUGUGUUUCACUGAGGUACAGCGACUCUCAAAAAAAGGAAACACAUUCACCAUUAGAAUAAAUUAUUUUUUCAACGACAUUUUUUUCACUUUUUUGAACUUUUAACUGUGUAAUGGAAAUGUGUCAGUUAAUUCCGUUUAAUAAUUAAG